AUGGCCUCACGCUUCGCACCGCUCGUGCGCAGCGCUGCACGCCGCUGCGUCGUGGCCCGCCCGGCGUUGGUGAGCCAGACGCCCGUUACCCUUCGAGCCCUCCACGACGGGCCACCUCGUCGCAACAAGCCUGGCAGCCAUUCCCAGACCGACUCGGACAUCGAAAUCCCCUUUCCUCCCGAAGAUGAGCUCCCGAGCGAGCCCGUCCGCCGUGCGGGUGGUCAGUACGUAAAGCCGACUCUCCAAACCUUUUCCCUUGACAAGAAUGUCGGUCUCGUCACUGGAGGUGCUCGAGGUUUGGGUCUCGUCAUCGCCCAGGGCAUGGUAUACUCUGGCGCUGAUGUCGCCCUGGUUGACAUGAACAAGGAGGAAGCUGAGAAGCAGACCAAGAUCCUCGUCGAGGCUUUCAUGAGAGAGAAUCCCAACGCGGAGCGAGUCCCCAAAGUCACGGCUCACUUCUCUGACGUUUCGGACCCCGCCUCCGUCGACGCUUGCAUCGCCGAAGUCAUCGAACAGCAUGGCAAGAUUGACAACCUUGUUACAUCUGCCGGCUUUACUGAAAAUUACGAGGCCGUCAACUAUCCCAUUGAUCGCCUGCGCAAGCUGUGGGCUGUCAAUGUUGACGGCACCUACCUGUUUGCUACAUCUGUCGCACGCCAUCUCAUGGAGCGCAAGGCGCCCGGAAGCAUGGUCCUGAUUGGCAGCAUGUCUGGCUCCAUUGUCAACGUUCCCCAGCCUCAGACACCCUACAAUGUGUCCAAGGCUGGUGUUCGUCACCUCGCAUCUUCCCUGGCAGUCGAAUGGGCUGAUGCCAACAUCCGAGUCAACUGUCUGAGCCCUGGCUACAUGAUGACUGCAUUGACGGCGAAGAUUCUCGACGAGAACCCGGAGCUCAAGAAGAAAUGGGUGUCUCUGAUUCCUAUGGGCAAGAUGGGUGAUCCCAGCGACUUGAUGGGACCGGUUAUUUUCUUACUCUCGGAGAACAGCAAAUACGUCAACGGCAUUGACCUCCGGGUGGACGGAGGUUACACGCUCACGUAA